AUGUUGUGCCACGAUCACGAGAGAUCUGCUCUUUUACAUUUUAAACAGAGCCUUCCUGCUUCUUCUAGUUCAUCUGCUUACUCAAAGACUGCAUCUUGGAAGGCUAGUGGAAAUAGUAGCAGGGAUUGCUGCUCGUGGGACGGGGUCGAGUGUGAUGAUGCUACUGGUUACGUUAUUGGUCUUGACCUCAGUAGUAGUCUGAUGCAAGCUACUCUUCACUCCAAAAGCACCCUGUUUAGCCUUGUUCACCUUCAGAGCCUAAAUCUUGCUGAAAAUUACUUCAUGAACUCUUCAAUCCCACCCGAGAUCUCCCGUCUUUCAAGUUUGUCCUUUAUAAACCUCUCAAACUCUUUAUUUUCCGGCCAAAUCCCACACGAGUUGUCAGGAAUGUCCAAAUUGGCUUCACUUGAUCUGUCUUUCAACUAUUUGUAUGGAGACUUCCCAAUUGCCAUUUUCAAUCUAUCAGGCCUGCUUGUUCUUAAUGUAAGUCGCAAUCAAAAUCUCAGUGGUUACCUACCAGAGUUCAACACAACAAGCCCCUUCAGGGAACUGGAUAUUGCUCACACAAAAUUCUCUGGUACCAUACCGUCCUCAAUCGGAAAUCUGAAGUCAUUGAAUAAGCUACGACUUAGAAAUUGCUACUUUUCUGGAUCUAUUCCGACCUCAAUUGGUAACAUGACCCAACUUACUUAUUUAUCACUUGCAUACAACAUGUUUAAUAAGUCAGAUGAUCUCUCUUGGCUUCAGAAGCUAACUAAACUCUCUAAGUUAAACCUUGAGGAUACUAAUCUAUAUGGUUACCUCCCACCAUCUUUUGCAAACUUCACCCAACUUACUAUUCUUUCACUUGCGGUAAAUAGGUUUGUUGGUGAAAUCCCAUUGUGUCUGAUGAACAUGACCCAGUUAAAAACAUUAGAUUUAAGUUUUAAUGCACUAACAGGUCAGAUUCCUCGCUCAUUUUCUCAACUCAAGAACCUGGAACAUCUAUCUCUUUCUCAUAAUAACUUCACUGGUGUAGAGGCUGACAUUUUUUUCAGUUCUAGAAACCUCGCCAUUCUCAGUCUAUCUGGGUGCAAGAUAACGUUAAAUUCCCCCCAUCACUCUAACUUCAGUCUUCCAAAGCUUGCAAUAUUAGAAUUGUUUCGCUGCAACUUAACAGAGUUUCCAUACUUUCUGCAGUUCGCGAGUAACUUAAGGGCACUUGUAUUGGGUGAAAAUAAUAUUCAUGGGAAUAUACCACACUGGAUCUGGCAUGCAAGUAAUAAAUUGGAGUUGAUCAACCUUCGUGACAACUUCCUAACAGCCUUUGAGAAUCCCCUUGCUAUUCAAAGUAAAAGUCUGAGAUACAUAGACAUCAGCAAUAAUAUGCUACAAGGGAAUCUCCCAAUUCCACCACCAAAUACAUAUUUGUACUCGGUGCAGAAGAACAGAAUACCAGGGGAGCUCUCACCCAUGAUGUGUGGUGUCUCUAAAAUUACUAGAUUUGUCAGAUAA